GAGGCGGCUGCAGGAGCUGCAGGCGCACGCGAGGAGGAUGGAGACGUACGUCCAGAGCUACACCUCGCAGAGGUCCCAGUUGACGGAGUCCAUCCGCAUGCACAACCGCCCCUCGGCCAUUGCCGGCAGGGAACGGCGGAAGAUCAUCGCCAGGGGCAGGCUCGGCUUCGAGGUGCUGCGCAGCUUCCUGAAGCGCCGCUUCGGGAAAGCCCUGCGGGCCUGGCGGGCCGUGGACCAGUCGGGGAGGCUCGCCAUUGGCGAAGCGGAGUUCUACCGUGCCUGUGACAAGGUGGGCUUCCAGCCGCCGAAGCUCGUAGGGUUGCGGGACGUGUGGCAGUACAUCGACCAGGACACGAACGGCCUCUUCGACUUCUGCGAGUUCAGCCCAGAGGUGGCGGGCGAGCUGAUGCACUUCAAGCUGUGGGUCGACCAGCGGUUCGGCGCAGGCAUGGCCGGCAUUCGCCGGAUGAUCAAGAGGAUGGACGCAAACAAGAGCGGCGCGGUUUCCGAAAAGGAAUUUGUGGAUACGUGCGAGAGGAACAGCCCCGGCUACGACCUGGGGAGGGUCAAGGCGUCCAAGAUCUUCGGGCAUCUCGAUUUCGAGAACAAGGGGAUGCUGACCAUGGAGCAGCUGGAGGUGCUGCAGACCUGGCGGCCGCCGAUGCACAGGCUGGGCCAGGCCAACCCGGCGGCGCUGGAGACGCUGCGGGCGCAGCUGCGCGAGUACCACGGGGACUCCGAGCUGCGCGCGUGGCGCUACGGC